AAAGAACUCGAAAACAUUGCAAAAACCUGUGGACUACGAGAAAAAAAUCUUAAAAUUCUUAACAAUUGUCUGGCAAUAGAAGCUGCCGCUGAAAACAAUUGCUCCGACUACGAAUCCGAUUUAUAGAGCUUCACAAAAUGACCUGGGGAUUUGUGACCUGUGGACCCAACGAGGCGUUGGUAGUGUCGGGAUGCUGUUACAUGAAGCCGCUACUGGUGCCCGGCGGACGUGCCUUUGUCUGGCCCUCCAUCCAGCAGGUGCAGCGAAUCUCACUAAAUACGAUGACGCUUCAGGUGGAGAGUCCCUGCGUGUACACUAGCCAGGGUGUGCCCAUUUCGGUGACGGGCAUUGCCCAGGUGAAGGUGCAGGGCCAGAACGAGGACAUGCUGCUGACUGCCUGUGAGCAAUUUCUGGGCAAGACGGAGUCGGAGAUCAACCACAUUGCCCUGGUCACACUGGAGGGACACCAGCGUGCCAUCAUGGGCUCCAUGACGGUGGAGGAGAUCUACAAGGAUCGCAAGAAGUUCAGCAAGCAGGUGUUCGAGGUGGCCUCCAGCGAUUUGGCCAAUAUGGGCAUCACCGUUGUCUCCUACACCAUCAAAGAUCUGCGCGACGAGGAGGGCGACUCAAAGGGCUAUUUGCGCUCCUUGGGCAUGGCCCGUACGGCCGAAGUUAAGCGUGAUGCUCGCAUUGGAGAGGCAGAGGCCCGGGCCGAGGCCACAAUCAAGGAGGCAAUUGCCGAAGAGCAGCGCAUGGCAUCUCGCUUCCUGAACGACACGGACAUUGCCAAGGCCCAGCGCGACUUUGAGCUGAAGAAGGCCGCCUACGACGUGGAGGUGCAGACGAAGAAGGCCGAAGCCGAGAUGGCAUACGAGCUGCAGGCAGCCAAGACCAAGCAGCGCAUCAAAGAGGAGCAGAUGCAGGUCAAGGUGAUCGAGCGCACACAAGAGAUUGCUGUGCAGGAGCAGGAGAUACUGCGUCGCGAGAGGGAGCUGGAGGCUACCAUUCGCCGGCCGGCCGAGGCCGAGAAGUUCCGCAUGGAGAAGUUGGCCGAAGCCAACAAGCAGCGUGUCGUGAUGGAAGCCGAAGCCGAGGCAGAGUCGAUCAGAAUCCGCGGCGAGGCAGAGGCAUUCGCCAUUGCAGCCAAGGCAAAGGCCGAAGCCGAGCAGAUGGCACAGAAGGCCGAGGCUUACCGCGAGUACCGCGAGGCGGCCAUGGUGGAGAUGCUCUUGGACACACUGCCAAAGGUGGCCGCCGAGGUGGCUGCCCCGCUCUCGCAGGCCAAGAAGAUCACAAUGAUUUCAAGCGGCCAGGGCGACGUCGGUGCCGCCAAGCUGACCGGCGAGAUCUUGCAGAUUGUCAACAAAGUGCCAGAGCUUGUUAAGAACAUGACCGGCGUGGAUAUAUCCCGGUCCGUGCAUGCUGGCUAAGUAUCCAAAAACAAAAC